AUGGGGCAGAUUGCUAAAUCUUUGAACAACCGGCCUCAAGGUUCUCUCCCAAGCACACUGAAGAUCCACGAAGAGAAGGGAAAGAACACUCGCUUCCAGAGACAACAACAAGAUGGGCAGUUUCGUAAGUUUUUAGAUGUUUUGAAACAGCUACACAUCAACAUAUUGCUAGUGGAAGCCUUGGAACAGAUGCCGAGCUAUGUUAAGUUCAUGAAGGAUCUAGUGACCAAAAAACCCAGGCUUGGGGAGUUUGAAACAAUGGCUUUGACUGACGAAUGCAAUGCUAUUGUGCAAAACAAACUCUCACCCAAGUUAAAGGAUCCAGGAAGUUUCACUAUCCCAUGCUCUAUUGGAAACCAAUACUUUGGUAAAGCAUUAUGUGAUUUGGCAGCUAGUAUAAAUUUGAUGCCAAUGUCCAUAUUCAAGAAGUUGGGUAUUGGAGAAGCAAGGCCGACCACAGUGUCUUUGCAGCUGGCAGAUAGAUCGAUUGCAACCCCUGAAGGAAAGAUUGAGGAUGUACUUGUAAGGGUGGACAAGUUCAUUUUUCCUGCUGGCUUCAUCAUUCUUGAUUAUGAAGUGGAUAGAUAA